AUUUUAAGUUUCCACCUCUGGCUGUUCAUACGCUCCGUUCCGCUUCGCUUCGCUUCGCUUUCCAUUGGUGUUGAUUAAUCCAUGGGGUUAGGGAACUGCCAAAUCAAAGUCAAAAUGGAAAUGGAAAGAGAAACAGAAACCGAGAUCCAAAGGUUUUACAGAAACAAAACCGUUUUCAUAACAGGAGGCACCGGAUUCCUGGGCAAAACUAUUAUUGAGAAACUUUUGCGUACCACGGAUGUGAAGCGCAUUUAUUCACUGAUCAGGAAAAAGCGUGGCCAGGACAUUCAGGAGCGCAUAGACCUGUGGGAAAAGGAGGCGGUUUUUGAGGUGCUCUUACAGUCAAAGCCCGACGCGCUGAGGCGCGUAGUGCCCAUCGCUGGCGAUUGUCUGGAUCCGGACCUAGGCAUAAGCGUGACGAGCCGUGGCAUCCUGGCAGCAGAGGUGCAGAUCGUCAUUCACGGAGCAGCCACAGUGCGGUUCAAUGAGCCGUUGCAUGUGGCACUGGCCAUCAACACUCGCGCCACGCGACUGCUGGUGCAGCUGGCCAAGCAAAUGGUCAAGCUGGAGGCUUUUGUUCACGUCUCCACGGCCUUCUCCAACUGCGUAGUCGACCACAUCGAGGAGCAGUUCUACCCUGACCUUCUGACGAGCAGCUCCGAGAAGGUGCUGGAAAUGACUGACCAGCUGAGUGAUCAGCUGAUAGACAACAUGACGGCUGAUCUGCUCGGCUCGUUUCCGAACACCUACACCUACACGAAGGCCCUUGGCGAGGAUGUGAUCCUGCGGGAGGCGGGCGAUCUGCCCGUGUGCAUUUUUCGACCGGCCAUUAUUAUUGCCAGCUCCAGGGAUCCCGUGCCGGGUUGGAUCGACAAUCUGUACGGACCCAUUGCCUUGGUGUAUGGAGUCGCGUACGGGAUCCUUCGCAUUGCGCUGGUCGAUGUGAACGCGCAGCACAGUGUGGUGCCUGUGGACUACUGUGCCAACGUGGCCUUGGCUACUGCCUGGAAAACGGCAGCAGCGAGAACUUCUUCGCCGCCAGCGAUCUACAACUUUGCGCCCAGUGAACAGAAUCUUUUGACCUACGGACAGUUCCGGGACAAGACGCAGUCAAUUGGCGAAAAGUAUGCAGUGUCGAAGAUGAUCUGGUACCCCUUCCUGCACUGCAUGACCACGGCCUGGCUCUUUCCCCUGGCUGCGUUUUUCUAUCACACUGUUCCCGGCUUUGCAUUGGAUCUGGCGCUACGUAUAGUCGGCCGAAAGCCGCGCAUGCUCAAAAUAUACCAGAAAAUACACACAAACAUUAUGUUAUUGCGGCCGUUCACCUGCCGCAGCUGGAAGUUCGAUUUGAAGAACAGAGAUCACCUGUGGCAGUGUAUGUCGCCUCAGGACCAGGACAUAUACCAAUUCGACAUGUUAGCUCUGGACUGGGAUAGUUAUUUUACGCGUGCCCUGCGCGGAAUGCGGAUGUACCUCUGCAAGGAGCCAUCUUCUCCCGCAUCCAUUGCUGAGGGCCAGAGGGUUUGGAGGCGAUUUUACUUGCUGCAUCGCACGUUGCAGGUGAUCCUCAUUGGCAGUGCUGCGGCUGUCAUUUGGCAGCUUCUCAAUCGCAUUUUCUCCUUUUAAAAAAUAAUUGAAUAAAAUUAAACGUUAAGAUUAAAGAUGACCUACAUAUGCAUGUACAUAUAUGCAUUAUGUGUCAUUAUGUAAAAGUCACAACACGGGGGCUAGCUUCGAGCGCGGUUAUUACUGGGAUAGAGCUAGCGGGGAAAGAGAUUUUAUACACUCAUUUUAAGUGUAUGCCGGACAUGAAGACCCACCCUUAACUGCAAAGCCACACUAAGAGAGAGAGAGAGAGUGUGUGAAAAGCGUACGAUAAUAAUAUUCUACCAUUCAUUUCUGACAAUUCUUCUGACCAAUUUUCUAGGGGCAUAAAAUAACAGCAUAAAAACUGAACUUAAAAAAUAUUUCAAUAUCAAUUAAAAAAUCGUACACUUAAUACUUA